AUGCUCGGCGACAAACACCCCAAGUACACAAACCCCUUUCCCUACGCCUUCCCCUUCCGCAGACUCGUCUUCGUCGCUGCAGUCAGUCCCCCGCUGCUGCCUUUUCGUGCUGCUUCUUGCUGCCCCACACUUUGGGUGUCUCCGGAGCUGCUGCAGGAAGCAGAAGAAAUGGUGGAGGCCUGGCACCCCAGGCCCCAGAGGCCGUGCGCGCAGCAGCAAACUCCUGCUGCUGCUGCUGCUGCUGCGGAUGCGGAUGCAGCUGCUGCAGUGGCGCGAAAAGGGGAAGCGCCAGCAGCAGCAAAAGCUGCUGCAGCUCCAAGCGGGGCUGGUGGUGUGGAGAGUAAAGCAGCAGCAGCGGAAGCAGCAGUGACAGCAGCAACAGCGACAAAAGCAGCAGCAGCAGCAGAAACUGCAACGGCAGCAGCAGCAGCGGCAGCAGCAGGGCUCAAAAACGCCAAGGAAGAGCCCAUCUCGGCUGAUGCUGCCGCCGCCCCAGCUGCUGCAGCAGCGCCGCAGCCGUCUUCAGGGCAGAAGCAACAGCAAAAACAGCAGCAGGAGCAGCAGCAACGAAAGCAGCAACACCGUCUUCCGCUGCCCCUUUUGCUGCGUUUAGAAACAACUGGAGCAGCACAAAUUUGUCUCCGAGUGUCUCUACCCCAUAUUCCUCGAUUUACCCCUGGGCAGCUGACAGCAGCAGCAGCAGCAGCAGCAGCAGCGCAGGCAAGGCGCGAGUGGCCCCAACUUUCUUCCUGCGCACAGCAGCAGCAGCAGGCUGGGGUGUCUGCAGCAGCAGCAGCAGCGGCGGCUGCUGGACGAGGAGACAGCAAUGGAUUUAAUUGA